AUGACCGAUCGUCCCGUUGUCUAUGGAUUUUGCACACGUCUUACGGAAUAAUAACUUCGCACAAGUUUCUGUGAGCGUAAGGGACAUUGAUAAGGGUUCUAGUGACUUGUGUUUUAAUUUUUGAAGUGUGUAUGUGAUGUGGAUGAGUGAUUGUUUGUGAUUUAUGCCCGAUAAAUAGUUUUUACGUGGAUGAUUAUCAGACAAUGCAUCGAACGCAGUUAUAUAUCGAAUGGAUGAGACGGGGCUAGCAUGGCGCUGGUAAAGAGAGAGAUGCCCGCUCACGUCAUCAGCCGCCUCAAGAUUAGUGUCCUCAUCAUCAUUGUGACGCUCCUGGGACUUAAUAAAAGCCAAGGAACAGCACAUUAUGGAGAAGACAGCGUGGGCUCCUUUCCAUACUUUGAAUACAACGUGCCUAGGAAUGUUACCACAGUGGUCGGUCAGACCGCCUUUCUGCAUUGCAGGGUUGAGCAGUUAGGGGAUAAAGCUGUAUCCUGGAUAAGAAAGAGGGAUUUACAUAUUUUAACAGCGGGCAUACUGACAUACACUUCGGAUCAAAGGUUUCAAGUAAUCAGACCAGACAAGUCAGAAAAUUGGACGCUCCAAAUCAAGUUUCCACAAGAACGGGACGCGGGUAUUUAUGAGUGUCAAGUCAAUACCGAACCGAAGAUGUCGCUAGCAUUCCAAUUGAAUGUAGUAGAAGCCAAGGCGCAUAUCCCGGGUCCGGCCGACCUGUACGUCAAGACUGGGAGCUCGUUGUCAUUGACUUGCAUUUUGAGUCAGGGUCCACACGAUCUUGGUACCAUAUUUUGGUAUAAGGGAUCAAAAUUAAUAGAAUAUAAGGAAGUGGAGGCGAAUGAAAUAGUGGAGCAGCCGCGGAUCAAACUGAAAACAGAAUGGACUGAGCUGCUGACUUCAAGGCUGACUAUCAGCAAAUUGCUGCCAACAGACAGCGGGAAUUACAGCUGUGUACCAACCAUGGCUGAAGCCGCGUCUGUUAAUGUACAUGUUAUAAAUGGCGAGCACCCAGCCGCGAUGCAGCACGGCAACGCAAACACAGCAUCACCCUGUGCGCUGUCUGUCAACCUCCUUAUAUCUUUAUACUGCACUCUAGCUACCUUAUACACCAGCACCGUCGACGGGUUCAGAUGAAAGUAACAAGACAUCUUCGUACGAAGAAAAUGGAUUAAAAAAUAGUUCUAAGUAAUGUAAAAAUGUAUCUAAUUUCAUCGUUUUAAAGUACAUUUUUGUAUGGUUUUAGUUUGUGAAAAUACUUCUUUCGAAGUGAGAGCAUUGACCACGUUAUAUGAUAAUGUAUUGAUAAUAAUGUUAGAUUGUGGGAGAGUGGCAAUGAUUAGUUUAAUAGUAAAGUUUUACUGUAUUGGCUUAUAUAAUUAUGUUCACCUCUUUUGUACUACACAUUGUUCUUAUAUAACUAUGUUCACCUCUUUUGAACGACACACUAU